AUGGAGGAGCUGGCUAAAGAGAGCAUUAACUUUUUAACAAACCCUGGUCUGGACACAGGCGUACCCAAGUUGGGCUCGUUAGGAGCGGUUUUCAUCUUGCUGAAGUCCGCGCUGGGUGCUGGGCUUCUCAUCUUUCCCUGGGCGUUUGAGAAAGCUGGAGGAAUUCACUCUGCUGUCCUUGUAGAAAUGAUUUCUCUUGUGUUCCUGGUCAGUGGACUUGUCAUCUUGGGCUAUUCAUCUUCAGUCAGUGGACAAAACACAUAUCAGGCUGUGGUCAGAGAUGUGUGCGGUCCUGCCAUAGGACACCUCUGUGAGAUAUGCUAUGUCUUCAACCUCUUCUUCAUAUCUGUUGCUUUUCUGGUCAUAGUUGCCGACCAGCUUCAGAAAUUGUGUGUCUCGAUAUAUGAGUUAAUCACAGGAUUGCCAGAAUCAGAGAUGCCCUACUACUGGUACACAGACCAGAGGUUUGCUCUGUUUCUUCUGUGUCUCUUCUUCAUUUUCCCUCUCUCCGUCUCGAAGGAGAUCAGCAUACAGAAGUAUACCAGUGUUCUAGGAACUUUUGCUGCCGUGUAUCUCACUGUAGCCAUCAUUGUGAAAUACUACAUGAGGCCCGUCCAUGAGAUCAAUCUGUCUCCUCUUUACAGCAGUGGAGUAAGCUCAUGGGCUUCGAUGUUCAGCGUCAUCCCGACUAUUUGUUUUGGCUUUCAGUGCCACGAGGCCUGCGUUGCUGUCUACAGUAGUAUGGAAAACAGGAAGUUGUCACACUGGGUCUUCAUCUCUGUGGUGUCCAUGUUCAUCUGCCUCAUCAUCUACUCACUCACUGGAGUCUUUGGGUAUCUGAUGUUUGGGAAGAACGUAACUCCUGAUAUUCUGAUGUCGUACAGUGGGGGUGAUGUGGCCAUGAUCAUUGCCAGGCUGCUGUUUGGAAUCUCAAUCAUCACCAUCUACCCCAUCAUUGUCCUGCUCGGAAGAUCUGUGAUUCAGGAUCCGCUGCUGCGGCGACGACACAAACACACAGCAGUGACGGGGACCUAUGAGAGCCGGACGCGUGUUGCCUUGACCACAGCCUGGGUCACCAUCACUCUUCUCAUCGCAGUGUUUGUUCCAGACAUUAGCAAAGUGAUCGGCAUUGUCGGAGGAGUCGGUGCUUUCUUUAUCUUUAUAUUUCCAGGACUUUGCCUAAUAUUUGUGGUGCAGUCAGAGUCAGUUUCUCUUACAAUGAGAUAUCUUCUGGUCACGUGGGGAAUGUUCACACUUUUCUGUGGUACCUAUAUUUUUGGCCAGAGCACUUCUAUUGCGAUCAUGCAACUCCUGAGUGAAAUUUAACACCAUGACUUUUAUUUGUAUGGUUUGGAAUAAUUUUAGACAUUGCAUGUAUGGAAUAAUUCCUUAAAAAUGGAGACUGUUGUACAAAUGUGCAACCAGCUUUGUGUGAAAUACCUCAGACGAACAAGCAAUGUAAAUCUGAACGUUGAAAUAUUGUCAUGUAAUGUUCUGCAAUUUUAAUGACCAAUUUCAUGUUUGGAUAGAUGUGAGCUUUUUUAAAGUUAAAGGGAUAGUUCAACUCAAAAAUUAAAAUUCUGUAAUUUACUCACCCUCACGUCAUUUCAAACCCGUAAUACCUUCGUUCAUCUUCAGAACACAUAUACAUUUUGUUUUUUGUAAUACGAUCCAAGAGCUUUCUGACCCAAACAGCAACACAACUGACACAUUCAAGGCCUAAAAACAUAGUAAGGACAUAAUUAAAAUAGUCCAUGUGACAUCAGUUGUUCAACCAUAUUGUUAUAAAGCUAUGAGAAUACAUUUUGUGAGCAAAGAAAGCAAAAAUAACCUUGUUCAACCAUUUCUUCUCUUCUGUUUCAGUCUUCAGUCCACAUUCACAAGAGUACCAUGCACCACAAAAGUAUCCUUGUAGCUUUAUAACAUUAAGAUUGAACCACUGAUGUCACAUGGGCUAUUUUAAUUAUAUCCUUACUACUUUUCUGGGCCUUGAACAUAGUAGUUGCAUUGCUGUCUAUGGAGGUUCAGAAAGCUCUCGGAUUUCAUCAAAAAAUAUAUAAUUUGUAUUCUGAAGAUAGACAAAGGUCUUACGAGUUUGGACCGACGUCAGGGUGAGUGAUUUUCAUUUUUGGGUGAACUAUGCCUUAAUAUUUAGACCUUUUUUUUUCUUUUCUUUUUUUAAUU